UAGCUACUCUCCUCGUGCAGUCCUGCCCACUCUUCAUCAUCAAAUCGAUUCACUCGGCCAAUUUCUCUCAUCCUUGACUGGGGUGGGGGUGGCACUUCUCACUUGCUCUGUCAAACUGACAGUCUCGCACGGACGGAAGAUAGCGUUACUUCCAGUCCGCAUAAUCCGUUACAGCUGAAGGCGUGUCACGAAAGUACGCCCGAUUACGGUUCGAUACGAUAUUUUGCGUUCGAAAGAGGUUGAAUAAACAUCGACGUUUACGUCGUUUGACUACUAGAAACAUCGCGACCAACAGAACAUGCUCGUCCAUCGCGACACUGCAAUUUUUGAGGCGCCUCAAAAAUCGUCUAUCGCGACACUGCAGCUCGCCACUAAGGUGUCGCCGCGUGGCCGCUCUAGCACCACGUGGCCUCAUCAGCUGUUACUCGCUUCCAUGGCUCCGCGCCUGCUGUCAGCAACACUGUUACCGAUGCUGCUGUCGGUUACAUUGUUACUGCUGCAAGCGUCGCCAUCAUCUGCUGCGAUAUCGCCAGCUGAUCUAACGAUGUCGGAGUCCGUUACUGAUACCGCAUCCAGUGGGGUUACCACCGCCGAUGGGGUUUCCACCGCCGAUGGGGUUUCCACCGCCGAUGGGGUUACCACCGCCGAUGGAGUUUCCACCGCCGAUGGGGUUUCCACCGCUGAUGGGGUUACCGCAGCUGAUGGGGUUACCACAUCCGGGGUUACCGCAGCCGAUAGGGUUAUCACAGCAGCCAGACCGAAAGCGGGUGCCAGCCGCUGCAAUAUGAACGCCGGCCGGUGGGUGCGCACUCGCUGGCAGCCACGGCGGUACACGGGCGUCAGCUGUAAGAGCAUUGACUCGACCUACAACUGCGAGAAUAACGGGCGGAAAAACCUCAAGUACCUGGACUACGAGUGGCGCAUCCCCGGCUGUAACUUGAAACGCUUCGACCCGUCAUCCUUCCUGGCGGUGCUGCGCAACAAGGUGCUGAUGAUAGUCGGCGACUCCUACGCCCUCAACCUGCAUGCGUCCCUCCGCUGCCUCGUGGAGUCCGUUGCAGUGACGCAGAAUUUCAACGGCUCUCUUUUCAAAACUGGAAUCCCUGCAAGGGGCUUCCGGGUGCCUUCCCACAACACCACCAUCAUCCGCAUCGCCUCGGCCUUCCUCCUCUACGGGGAACCAGAUGGCGAGAGGAGCGUGAAGAGCACGUGGACGGUGUGGCUGGAUCGGGUGAAUCCGGAGUGGGCUGACCUGCUGCCAUUCACAGACUAUGUGGUCAUGAGCACCGGCUAUUGGUACACCAGUGCCCGGGAGGAGAAGCGACACUAUCUCCUCAGCGACAACAACAGCUCGCAGCUCGCGUGGACCCCUGACCAGCGCACCACCAUGCAGACGGCUCUCACCACGUUAACCAACCACUUCAGCAGCAUCAAGUACUCGGGCCUCCCCAUGUUUCUCACCUACACUUCCUCCCAUUAUGGGUUUGAGCUCGCUGGCUCCGAGGCGGCCAGAGGGGCGCAGUAUAACUGCACGGACGCGUGGCGGCCAAUCGGGUGGCGCCAGGUGGACCGCAGGGAGUGGGCUGUGAGCGACAUGACGACUCGGAACGCGCAAGUGCAGAUUCUACGCAAAGCAAGGAACUUCAAGAUUCUAGACAUUACAUACGCGACUCUUUUCCGCCCUGAUGCGCAUCUCAAGAACUUCAAUAAAGGGGAUGGCGGAUUUGAUUGUGCUCACUGGUGUGUACCUGGUGUGCCUGAUAUGUGGUCUGAUCUUGUAUAUAACUAUGUCACAAAUCAUGCAGGUAGGUUGUAACUCCCACCUGUUAUUACCUUCUCUUAAUUCUGGUUUGGCAUUUGACUUCGAAUGAAAAUUCGGGCACAUCAAUUUUUCCUAUUAAUUAACAUAGUAUGGCAUA